GAGGCAGCUUGGAUCCAGUUUGCGCACUUGCAGCUGGACGACUUUCAGACUUCUUGCCGUUGUCAUUUCGGCACGUUUUCAUGGCUUACGUAACAGCUGUGCCUUAGCUUAACGUCACACCUUAUUAUUUCUUCGGAAAGGAAUGACAUUCAACAUGAUCAGAGGGCCUCGCAUUGCCUUUGGCAAUUUAAUAGCGCACGCGCGGAGAGGUGUGAUGAUGAACACGGGUAGCAGAAGACUGUGUACUAAACCUCAGGAGGGGCCAUCCGUACACCAACAGGUGCCAUCCGUACACCAACAGGUGCCAUCCGUACCCCAACAGGCUCAACGACUUGGGUUUAAAUUGCCAGGCUACCGCCCAUCAGAGUGGGAUAAAAAGAUGCUGUUGUGGUCCAAGCGAUUCAAAACCAAAGAACAGAUUCCAGAUUUUGUGUCAUUUGAGAUGAUUGAUGCUGCCCGGAACAGAGUGCGUGUGAAGGCCUGCUAUGUCAUGAUGGGAAUGACCAUCUUGGCUUGCCUAGCUACGGUUAUCUCGGGCAAACAGGCGGCAGGUCGGAAUGAAAACCUGACUUCUCAGAACAUGGAGAAGAAGGCUAGAUGGAGAGAAGAAGCACAGAAAGAGAAAGAGGAAGCUGCUGUCAUUGCAGGGAAAGCUCAUUGAGAUUUGGCAGAGCUCUUAAGUCUGAUAGUUUUAGCUCUGGCUCAUUCAUUAACGAGCUGUUAUAUUGUAUGCCAUGCAACAUUGGUUCACUGAAGGUGUAUUAAUCUUCCUUCAAGCAGUCAACGUAGUAGUGUCAAAGUUACUGGUAAAUAACAAGGUGUGAGUUUUUAUUUAUGUUUUUUUGUAUAUACUUAAAUUAAAAUAUGUUGCGUCACUUAUUUCCCUCAGUUAGUUAUUUUGUAUUGCUACAAUUUGAUAAAAACUGAUAACAUAAACUAUGUGAAAUGGGUGGAUAAAGCAGACAUUUAUUGUCUAGGACUGGUGAAAGUUAUUAACCAGACGAUCUAAAGCAGACAAUACAAUAUGUUCAACAAGGUAUGUGUUGACAAAAAGUAGGUUGAGUGUAAUAAAAUUGUGACAACUGA